AUGACCGAAGCGUACAACUCUCUCUUGCUGACCACAUCCCCAGAGGUCGACGAAAUGAACAAGCAUACAGAAGUGUACCCAGCGCUGUUCCAGGCCGUGAAAUCUGAGGCCGAACAUGGGGAUAGCGACAUUGAGAAGAGGGACCAGGAAGUGGACCACCAUACAGAGGUGUACCCAGCGCUUUUUCAGGCCAUUAAAUCCGAGGCCGAAAAUAGAAACAAAGACAUUGAGGAGAGGGGCCAGGAAGUGGACCACAAUACGGAGGUGUAUCCAGCGCUUUUCCAGGCCGUGAAAUCCGAAGCCGGCGACGCCUAG